CCUCAGGCGCCUCAGUGUCAUUGGUAUAUCAUUUCCAAGCGCUUCGAACUAUUCUUAAGGACAUCUGCUGACUGACCCUUCCGUCUAGCCACCUCGUAACUCAACGCCACAGGUAUGUACUCUCCGUCUGCCUCGCAUGCGCUACGCGGCUCCAGCAAAUACCACGUCUUUCGCUCCAUCACGAUUGACGGGCUGGAGGUCCUCAAUCGCUUCUGCCAGCUCGUGUGCACCUCACCCGACAUCGCCUCACUUGUACAGGAACUAUACUUCAACACAUACCGCCACUUCAUGAGACAAGAAACGUUCAUCUGGAUUCACCACACCGCCGCGUUCCCUGUGAAUAGGCUCACACGCCUCAAGACGGUCGGCUUCUCCUAUGUCCGGUUUGGCCACCUCGCCGAAUACCCAGUCAUGCCCGCGUUCUACCAAAAUUUAACGCGCUACCGGGGUGUCCGAGAGCUUCGGAUCUCCUCCUGCGACUUCGAGCAUAUGGACGCCCUCGAGGACUUCAUUUGGAGAUUUGCUCCGCAGAGCGAACAGACCCACACACGGGCACCAGCGCCGCCGUUCGCGCUCACUCUCGACUGUGUCACCUGGGGGAUCCCAGAACGUAUUACUCCCUCCCGCGCGGAUCUCUGUCUGACUUCCCUCACCAUCGACAACUAUUCGAUGCCCGACCUCAUUACUAUGUGGCUUCUUCGCACACCGAGCCCCAUGUACUGCGGCCGAUGGGAGCUGGACCGCGUGGGCACAUUUCUCCGCAGUCUGGGGAAC